CCAGAAAAGAGAGGGAGUAACGGAGAAGAAAAGAAGAAAAAAAGGAGAAAAGGAGAGCGGAAGAGGAAAAAGGGGUCGCGGGUUUUCCUCCAUUCUUCUUCAUCAAAUUCGCACAAAGGCAACGUCUACUGUCAAAGUCCCAUCGCUGCAGCCACGGACAUCCUAAACACACAUUACCCGCAGAUGGCUUUUAUGUCUGGACUUCAGCGCCUACUUCGUCACACCCCACUUCUUCAUUCGCACCAUGCUUCCAUUCGUUUAGCCUCAACUCUCACUUCCCCUAAACUUUUCGUCAGCGGUCUCUCUAGAUUGACAACAGAUGAAAAACUUAAGGAAGCAUUUUCUUCAUUCGGGCAGCUGGUUGAAGCUAAGGUGAUAACUGAUAGAGCCUCUGGAAGAUCAAAGGGAUUUGCCUUUGUAACCUAUACAAGCAUAGAAGAAGCUGAAAAGGCUAGAGAAGGAAUGAAUGCUAAAUUUUUGGAUGGAUGGGUUAUAUUUGUUGAUCCUGCUAAACCAAGAGAGUCCAGACCUCCUCAGCAAUCACGGUCCCAACCCUCUGAAUCAGGUUUCACUGUUAACAAAACUGUUGGGUGGUGUGGUUGAGCACUAAACCAACUUUAAUUAUGGUCACCAUAUUUGGAUGAUUUUUUAGACAGUGAUUCAAAUCAGCCAAUUAUACUACAAUUUCUUGAGAACUAUUUGCAUCAAACAGUUGAAAAUGACUAUUAAAUUUUGGGCAUCAUCCAACUUGUAUUCUAUGGUACUGUAUCUGAGAGGAAUUGCACUGAAUUCUUGGAAGUUAAUUACAUUUCCGGA